AGAAGACAAAUAUCAAGUUUGAAGUUUCAACCUCAUACCACCCCGUUUUCUUAUUUCAAACCUACACUCCUCAUCUGAUAAAUGGCCGUGCAUAACUGCAGUAUGCACCUGAAAGCUUAGGGCUUUCCGGCGACUGACGCCUACGUAACACAGCACAUAUGACGAAUACUCCAUCUUUGCUCAACCUCUGCUUUCUGGCCCUCAAAAAUCACAUUCUUUAUGGUGAUGAUGAUGGAAUUGUGCAGGUGAUUUAUGAGCUCCCCACUGAGCUGUUUGAUGGAUUACUGAAGCAGCUACCUGCUUUAGCACUCCACAAAUUGCAAUUACAAAUGCCUUCCGAGUACCAGACUGAUUUCGACCUUGACUAUGAUUGCUCUGGGAAUGGUAGGAAACGUGUGAGAUAUGGCAAGUUUGACAUCGCAUGGAAGGUGUUAUAUCAUUCGCGUUGGCCUGAAGCUGUGAAGAAUUCCCAAGUGAACCUAUUGUCAUGGAAAAGUGUGUUGGAAUGUGAAGCAACAUGUGACUGGCAACAGAAGUAUUCGAAAACUGUGCUGGAAUGUGAAGCAGUAUGUGACUGGCAACAGAAGUAUUGGGAAAUGCAUUUACAGAAUUGCUUUGAUGCAGCUGCAGAGAGAGCUAUGUUACCUUCUUUUGAUGGGUGUGUUGGGGAAGUUCAUAUCCCAGGUGCACUCAUUAAAAUAAUUGGUUAUGAAGAACUAGCUAAUGACUCAAUGCAUGAUUACUCCAGAUUACGUAGUCAUUGUCAAGAAUUUGGAUGUUAUGUGAGGGCUUUGAGACUUCAGAAUGUAUUCUGCAAUAAGGAAACUUGUCUUUUGUUAGCAAACAGCAAGUUGCAAGAUUUACUUCUCAGGAGGAUUUCCUCCGACAAGCACCUUGAUGGUUUAUGCUUGAUACUGAACCAGAACAGAGAAACAAUAACAUCUCUGGAAUUUGUAAACUGCAAAAUUUCAUUGGCUUUUUUGGAGGCUAUUUGUUGUGCACUGGAUAUGGAAGGUACACAAGCACAUAAGGUGAAGAACUUUUCCGUGAAAGCGUCAAGAGUUUUAGAAGCAAAUCCAACUUCUUUGCCGCUAAAGCUCGUUUCCUUUCUUUCUUCAAGAUCACUGGAGUCAUUAAGCUUUUGUGAAGACCAUAUUGGGAGAAAUUUUGCAAAAUUGACUCUUAUGGCGCUUCUCGAUGCUUCAUCUGCUCUUUCCACCCUUGAGUUGUCAGAUAAUAAUAUAUCAGGUUGGCUUUCUGAUUUUCAUUGUAACUCUUCCCAUCAAGCCUUGUCGUCUUACAACACAACCAAGUCUUUGCAGUCAUUACGUGUGCUUAAUCUAAGGGGCAAUAAUUUGCAGAGAAGUGACAUGGAAGACCUUAGAUCUGCUCUUACCCAUAUGCCUGUUUUGGAGACCCUGGAUUUAGCAGACAAUUCUUUUGAGGAUGAUGGAAUCAAGUGUUUAAUACCCUAUAUCGCGAAGUCUUCUGAGCACUUUUCCCUUACUACUCUUAAUUUGAAGAACUGUAAGCUGUCCAGUACUGGAGUAACUGAACUACUGGAAGUACUUUUAGCAAUAAAAUGCCCCCUAACAUCUCUUUCCCUGGCAGAUAAUGAUCUUGGAAGUCAAAUAGCACCAUUACUUGGAGACUUUAUGCACACGUCUAUAAGGUCACUCGAUAUAAGAGACAUUGGCCUAGGCUCGUCUGGUUUCUUAGAACUUCGAAUUCAUAUGCCAGAGGUGGUGAAGCUUAUCAGCAUUAACAUUAGUGAGAAUCGUGGCGGGAUCCAAGCUGCGGAAUUUCUGGAAGAACUUAUCUCUAGGGCUUCAGAACUUGUGGAUGUGCAAGCAGGAUACAAUUUAAUGCCCCCAGAAUCCUUGAAUAUCAUAUGCUCUUCCCUUAAGGUUUCUCAAGGGAAACUUCAUUGUAUUGAUCUUACGGGAAAUCAAAAGCUCUCGCAGACUGAUCAUGUCUCGAAGCUUUCUGAAUUUCAACACAAUGGUGAACCGAUAGUGCUGAUCUCAACCUCGCCUUCCCAGGAGACACUAUAUGAUGAUGAUCCAUAGAGCAGUGGCAUGUGUAAGGGUCGCGAGGCAGAAACGGAUUGAGCAAUGUACAGUGUGUUUGGUUCGUUUUUAGUAAAGGAAAGGAAGAGAAGAGAGAGGAAGGGAAGAGAAAAGAAAAGAAUGGAAGAGAGAGGAAAAAAAAACCUUAAUUUUCCAUGUUUGGUAUAAAUUUUCUCUUUCUUUCCAAAUUCCCCCACUUUGGGGAGGAAAGGAAAGUGAAAUUUUAUUAAGGAGUCUUUCCUUCCAAUUCCUUCUAUUUCCUUUCACUUAAUUUUUUUUUUUUAAUGAACCAAAUAUUGGAAAGUAACAAAUUUCCUUUCACUUCCUUCUUUUCCUUCCAAAUCCUUUUUACCAAACAAGGUGGUAGUAAUUGUUGUACCAUAACUUUCAAAAUUAAACGUUGGCUAGGUUUGAUAUUUCUCUCAAAAAAUAGCUAGAUUAUCUUUCGGUUUCGAUUUUAAUUGUAAUGAUGUAGUCUCAAUCGCUAAUUAUUGACUGCUAAGUUUACUUUUGAAAAAGGAUUACUGUGAGACUGUGAUUUCACAAACUAAGUGGCAAUGGCAAUAGUUUUGGGCGA